GGCUCCACCCAGGGGACCCGUAGCCCCGCCUCUCGAGCGUGAGCCCGCCCGCGCCGUAGGCCACGCCCUUAAGCCCCAGCCCUCCCUCUGGCCACGCCUCCAGCCUUGUCCAUCCUCUUGUGACCCUUCGCUCCACGGUGGCUGGAAAUAGCAGCUCCCGUUUCCCGAGGAUCUCUCUUCUCGCAUCCCGGAGAGCCCUCAACUCCUCCCCAAACUUCUUAGCCCUAUUCUGUACCCACGGACCAACCUCUCCACCUUGGUGGCUGCAGGCCUGUGAUUGGCAGGUAGAUGAUGGCCCAGAAAGGGGCAUUGAAACACCCGAGGUCACACAGCAACCCAGCUGCAGGGCUAGAGCCGAAAUGGACAUUGUCUGUUCCUCUUUGUAGGAAAAAGAAGGACACACAGGUCUUUGGGGAGGAGUCGAGGGAGCCCAGCACAGGUGACAACAUCCGGGAGUUCUUACUGAGCCUCAGAUACUUCCGGAUCUUCAUCGCCCUGUGGAAUGUCUUCAUGAUGUUCUGCAUGAUCGUGCUGUUUGGCUCCUGAGCCCCAGAUAGUCACCUUCCUGGGAACCAGGAACGAGGAAACACCUUCCCAGAUGCCGAGUCUCCCUUUCUCCAUUCGUGACGACUUCAAGAAUGGUUUUGACUGGAAAACCAGCGACCUUCCCAGAAAGCCCAAGUUCGUGGUGGGUGGAAAAAAUGUUCACCAAGCUGCACACGGCUUCCCAGCCACGUCAUUGUUUUCUUCUCAAAGAUAUUUUCACUUUGGUCUCUUCGUUGAAAUACUGUCUACUUAAGGAGUUUUAGGAGGGUUUAUGGAAGGGAAUGUGAUAACAUUGCAUUCUCCAGGUAAAAGAACGUCGUCUAGAUUGUUUUUUUAGGUUGGAAUUCCUCUUCUAGCAAGCUUCUACUAGAAACUCAUUUCUGGAUAUUUCUUGGUUUAUUUUUAAUAACCAUUCUUUUUGGUUCAAAUUAUACAGAAUUUUCAAAAUAAUUUUUAUCUGGGGAUCUGAAACAGAAAGGUUGGCUUUCAAGAUUCAUGCAGCCUCUUUAUUGGACUGUGUUGAGGAAUAACAAGCAAGUUCAUUGUUUCUGGGCCUGUGUCCAAAUUCCUUUCCUGUCUCGAUGGGCUGUGCUUGGCCACUGAGUGCCUCUGAGGUCAUCCCCAGGACUUUAAGGGUGAAGCAUUACUGCUUCCCGUGGAAGAGAGGUACAGAACAGUUGGCAGGGGCAGAUAUGGGUGUUAUGAGAAAUUUUGCUCUGCCUUGCAGCCCUCUGUGAAAGUAACCCUUGGGGCCAUUAAAUGUAGAGUUUCAACAAUGAGAGUGACUUAUGUGGUGAUACUGGGACCCUAGUUCUGAAAGUUUGGAAUUUGAGUCUUCUUUUCAAGUGAGUGAUUCCAAGGUUGAAAAGCAGUGAGCCUCAUUUGAGGAAAUAACAGCAUUUUGCACAGAACCUCCUUGGAAAGGCAGGUCCUUUAUCGCCAAAAUGCAAUGCCAGUGGUCAACACCUAGAUCCUACAGGUGUUUUGACUUGUUUGUGUGGGUUUUGAAUUCCUGAUUUGCUGGUAAACUGGUGGGAGGAAAAAGUAAAUAUGCAGACUUUUCAGAACUAAGAAGUACUGAAAAUAAAGCUUAUUUCUAAAAAGGA